CUAUUUUUACGCGUGGACAUCGGACACCAGGCUGGGGCGGCGGCGGCGGCGGCCGAGGUGGGGCUGGGUCGGGCGUCGGGGCCACACGUCCGUCCGCGGGUCACUGGGGCUGCGCGCGCCAUGGAGCCGCGGUGCCCGCCGCCGUGCGGCUGCUGCGAGCGGCUGGUCCUCAACGUGGCCGGGCUGCGGUUCGAGACGCGGGCGCGCACAUUGGGCCGCUUUCCGGACACGCUGCUCGGGGACCCGGCGCGCCGGAGUCGCUUCUACGACGGCGCGCGCCGCGAAUACUUCUUCGACCGCCAUCGGCCCAGCUUCGACGCCGUGCUCUACUACUACCAGUCCGGCGGGCGGCUGCGGCGGCCGGCGCACGUGCCGCUCGACGUCUUCCUGGAGGAGGUGGCCUUCUAUGGGCUGGGCGCGGCGGCGCUGGCGCGCCUGCGCGAGGACGAGGGCUGCCCGGUGCCGCCGGAGCGGCCCCUUCCCCGCCGCGCCUUCGCGCGCCAGCUCUGGCUGCUCUUUGAGUUCCCCGAGAGCUCGCAGGCCGCGCGCGUGCUCGCCGUCGUCUCUGUGCUCGUCAUUCUCGUCUCCAUCGUCGUCUUCUGUCUCGAGACGCUGCCCGAUUUCCGUGACGAACGCGACAAGCCGGGGCUUGCAGCGGUGCUUGCUGCGGGACCGUUUCCGUCUCGGCUGAACGGCUCCAGCCCUGUGCCUGGACCCCCACCUCGCACGCCCUUUGAUGACCCGUUCUUUGUGGUGGAGACACUGUGCAUCUGUUGGUUCUCUUUCGAGCUACUGGUGCGCCUGUUGGCCUGCCCAAGCAAGACAGCCUUCUUCAAGAAUGUGAUGAACCUCAUUGACUUUGUGGCCAUCCUGCCCUACUUUGUGGCGCUGGGCACGGAGCUGGCCCGGCAGAGGGGGGUGGGCCAGCCAGCAAUGUCAUUGGCCAUCCUGCGAGUCAUCCGACUGGUACGCGUCUUCCGAAUCUUUAAGCUGUCUCGGCACUCAAAGGGCUUACAGAUCUUGGGGCAGACUCUACGAGCCUCCAUGCGUGAGCUGGGCCUCCUCAUCUUCUUCCUUUUCAUCGGUGUGGUCCUUUUCUCCAGUGCAGUCUACUUUGCUGAGGUCGACCGGGAAGACUCCUAUUUCACCAGCAUCCCUGAGUCUUUCUGGUGGGCAGUGGUCACCAUGACUACAGUUGGCUAUGGAGACAUGGCACCAGUCACUGUGGGUGGCAAGAUAGUGGGCUCUCUGUGCGCCAUCGCUGGUGUGCUGACCAUUUCCCUGCCUGUGCCCGUCAUUGUCUCCAAUUUCAGCUACUUUUACCACCGGGAGACAGAGGGCGAAGAGGCGGGGAUGUACAGCCAUGUGGAUACACAGCCCUGUGGCCCACUGGAGGGCAAGGUCAAUGGGGGAUUGGUGGAUGGAGAGCUGCCUGAGUUAUCACCUCCACUCUGGCCCCCCCCUGGAAAACACAUGGUGACUGAAGUGUGAGGGACAGUUGAGGCCUGCAGGACCUCAUAUUUCCUUGGAGGGAGGGUAGGGUGGAGGGGAAGGUCGGGGGGAGAGGUUGGGUUUAGGAAGAACUAGGUUAAGUGGUAAUGAGCCGAGGAACACUGAGUCUUAUUGGUUCUUGUGUUGCGGUUAGGUACUCCUGUAGGUACCUCCUUAGGUGGCAAUAAAUGGCAGUGGGUUAUGCUGAGCUCAGGGGGAGGCUGCAUUAGUUUGUAUCGCGUUGGUGUUUGUAAGGCUGUGGAGCCUUUUGAGGUAGUGUUGAGAUAGCUUUGGUCACAUAGCUUUGUGAGUUUCUUUGUUCUGUGUUGGGUUGGAUGAGUCUUGUCCAACUGAAUUGUGCAGGUUUCUGGGGUUUGAUGAGUCCUCUAGGGCCAUGUUGGGUCAAGAUGUGUGGCCACCCAUGGCACUGUUGGGAUUGGAUGCGUGUUCAUGCAUGGUGGUGUGGAGCUGAAACAUGUUGGAAAUUGGCUUUGUGAUUCUUCGGGAGCUAUGUUAUUUUAGGUUCUGUGAACUUGUGAGUCAUGUAGAAGAGUCAAGUGAUAGAAUGUGAACUUUCUAGGUCAUGUUAGGUUAAGUUGGGUUGGAACAUAUGAUCGAAUGAGUCUGUGGGGUUGAAUCAUGUGGAGUUAUGAGGCUGGAAGUUUGCAGGGCUACACGGAGCUGAGCUAUAUUGAGUUGUAUAGCCAUGUGCAUCUCCUAGGACCAGUUCAUGGAGCCUUACAUUGAGUUUGUCACUGUGUGUCUAGUAGGAAUGUUGGCUUGAGUUGGACUGUAUGGAUGAACUCCACAGAGCCAUGUUGGUUUGUUUUGGGUUUAGUGGCAGCACCAGGACCCAAGGAUAUCAGGGAGCUAAUGCAAUGCUGUGGACUCUGGGAGACAAACUGAACUGGACACUCCUGCCAUUGACCUCACACCUGCUUCUUUUUGCCUGAAACCCCCUUACUAUCUGUCUUCAUCUACAGAUUUGCUUCCAGACAUGGACAUCAGAGCCACAAGGGGAGGGGGAAAGAGGGAGACACUAUGUGUACUCUGUCCAGACAUGAGGGGGGCAGAAACCCAGAAGAGACAGAUAGAGACCUAAGAAAGAAUACUCAGAGAAAGAGAUAGAAACCCAGACAAGAGAGGAUGAAUACCCAAAGAGAGGAGAAGGAGACAAAGACCCAGAGGGAAGCCUGGCCAGUG